CCGCCGCCCGGCAGCGGGCGGGAGCCGCGGGGUCGCCUCCCCCCGGGCCCUGCCUCCCGCCCGCUCCCCGCUAGGCCCGCCCGGCGGCGCAUGCGGGGCGGGAGGCGGGGGAUGGCCGGAGAUGGCGGCGGCGGGCCCGGCGCUGCGGCGGUACCUGCUGCUGCUGGCGCAGGAGCACCUCGAAUUCCGCCUGCCGGAAAUAACAUCUUUGCUCUCGCUUUAUGGUGGACAGUUUAGCAGUCAGCAGGAAGUUCGUGUAAAUUCUCCAUUUUGGAUUCUCAAUAUUCCUUCAGAAGAGAUGGCAAGGGGACUGAUGAAACGAACAGUAUGUGCAAAGUCUAUAUUUGAGCUGUGGGGUCAUGGCAGAUCUGAAGGGGAACUCUAUGCAUCCUUGAAGAACUAUCCAAUGGACAAGAUGCUUCCGUAUCUACAGCCAGACUCGACAUACAAAGUACAUAUUCAUACAUAUAAUAAAACGCUGACCCAAGCACAGAAGAUAAAAAAGAUAGAUGCUCUUGAAUUUCUACCAUUUAACGGAAGGGUAAAUCUAAAGAAUCCAGAACACAUCUUCUGGAUUUUGGAAGAUUAUGGAAUGGAUCCUAACAAUGUCCCAGAAGAACCUUUUGACCUCUAUUUUGGUAGAUGGAUUGCGGAUGGCCAAAGAGAACUUAUUGAGUCCUACAGUAUAAAAAAGAGACACUUUAUUGGAAAUACUAGCAUGGAUGCCUGUCUGUCAUUCAUCAUGGCAAACCAUGGGAGAGUAAAACCCAAUGAUAUUGUAUAUGAUCCAUUUGUUGGAACAGGUGGCCUCCUUAUCUCCUCAGCACACUUUGGAGCAUAUGUAUGUGGUACUGAUAUAGAUUACAACACAAUCCAUGGAUUAGGCAAGGCAAGCAGGAAAAACCAGAAAUGGAGAGGGCCAGAUGAAAAUAUCAGAGCUAAUCUCCGACAGUAUGGUUUAGAGAAAUACUACCUCGAUGCACUGGUUUCUGAUUCUUCAAGACCAAUAUGGCGUAAAGGGACAUUGUUUGAUGCAAUCGUUACAGACCCGCCAUAUGGUAUCAGAGAAGCUACUCGCAGAACAGGUUCACAAAAGGAACCAGUUAAGUCAUCUGAGAGAAGCGCAGAAAAUCACAUCAUCAUUUCAUCCAGCUAUCAUCUGAGUGACAUCUUUUUUGACCUAUUGAAGUUCGCAGCAGAAUAUCUGGUGAUGGGAGGAAGAUUAGUUUACUGGCUGCCGAUAUACAGGCCUGAAUAUACAGAAGAGAUCAUUCCCCGCCACCCGUGCCUGAAACUUAUUAGCAACUGUGAGCAGAUGCUUUCCAGCCACACAUCAAGGCGCCUGAUAACCAUGGAAAAGGUGAAGGAAUUCAAGGAUCAAGAUCAGAAUUCUUACUUGUUGGAUGGUCAAUACAUGCCAUACAAGGGACACAAUUCUUUUCGUGAGAAGUAUUUCAGUGGUGUGACAAAAAGAAUUGCCAAGGAAGAAAAAGACAACCAGAAGUAAAAUAUAAUACAAACAUAUUAAAAAAUGAGGAAAGAAUGAAGAUUGUGUUUCUUUGUAAGGACAUCUGGAUAUGAACGUUCCUUUGGAUGCUUCAGAAAAAUACAUACUGCUUUUAAUUUUAAAGCAAGAUGAAGCCCACAACACAGGUUGAGAGCAGUUCUUUUUAAUUACAUUUGUUUAUAGCAGAUUUUAUAGUACAAGGUUUCUGAGUUUUAUUUAAUUUAUAUUUGUACUUUCAAGUCCUAAUGAUGAUUGACUAAAACCAUUAUUAUUGUUCUUUCACCAGUAACAUUUGCAAAAAGUAGUAGUGUUAUUUGGCUUCUUAAACUGUGAACAUCUGGCCAUUGUAAAAACACGUGGUGGUGAUCAAGGAUUGCUUAUUAUGAAGAUCAGUUUCAUUUGCUUUGUUUUUUUUGUUUUUUUCCGAAGUGGUAUACAGUAAAAUGGAAAAGUUUGUCAUGAGAUUUUAUUUUCAGUUGUUGUAUGCAAUAGCUGCUCAGACUGCUCUGGCUGAGGACUGCAGUGUUUAAAACAAACAAACAAAAAAACACAAACACACGAAGAAAUAAAUGUGUGUAUGUGUGCACAUGCACGCGCCUCUGUGACCUGACAAACUCUGGAGAGCCUGUUAAACCCUGUGAAGCCGGUCCACAUCUGAAGCUCAUCUGUACUUUGGAUUUGUUCUUGCAUUCCUAAACCUUGACUCUUGGUCAAGCCAACUGUCUGCAAUUUUUGGUUCAGAAAUUGAUAGUUAAAGCAGUAACAACAGCAGCAUAAAAUCAGUAAUGGUUCCCUAAUGGUAUUAAGCCUAAUCAAAUCUUUGAAAUUGAAGCUGUAUUUGUUAAAGGGAAAACUUUGCUGAAUCCACACGGUGUCCAUCAUGAAAAUGCCUCAUUUGAAAAACCACUAAGCCCAUUAAUUCAGGAUGUUAAUGGCUCUUCUCAUUUUGGUGGUCAAAUAUUCUUCAACAGGGCGUUGGUGAGUGUAUCUGCUUGCUCCAACUAGAGAAAGCCUCGCUUCUUAAUUUGCUGCAAGCUACUGACUGCGGUCAUUUUACAGUCUUUGUAGAUAAUAAUCUAGAGCCUCUCCAAAAACCCAGUCAUACCUGGGCAAGUACAAAUCAUCAUGAAUUUGGUUGAGUUCAUUAGCUGGAUUUGCUCUUCUGUGUGUUGUGGUCCUCAGCUGCAGCAAGGGAGAGCUCAAAUAUUCAAUGACAACUUUGUCUGACCUUCUGGAUCUAAUCUGUGGUGUUGUAGGUAGUUCUGAAACAGUGAUUUAUUUUCUUUGUUUACAUUGUAAAUCACUUUGUUUUGAGACUCUUAAUGUCAGCCGAAUAAUAGUUGUUCUGGGCUAAACUUGGAGGGAGAUGAAAGCUCAGAGAAUUUUCAAAAGCAGAAUUUGAAUUGAUCACUUUCAAAUAUAACUUCAAGAAAUUACCGCUUCUGAAAAGCUGUCUUCAUGUAACUUCUGACUUCAAUUUUAGUAUUGCAAUUUGACAUUCAGUCUUUAGUACUUUACAAAUUAAAAUUACUUUCUGUUCUUCGUAGGCAAGGAAUUUUUGUAGAUGGAUUUAUUAUGCAUUUAUAACUUCAUUUUCUUAAAAGUUACCCUACGUAGACAUGAUCUAAAUGGUUAUACAAGAUGUAAGGUAGAGGCAAAUCUGGCUCUGUCUAUUCAAAGAGAAUGAUUUAGUUUAUUUCUCCUCUUCUUGGUCCAACUUUUAGUCCAUUCAGCAGUGGUGGUGUGGCCUCUGUUUAGCAGUUCAUACAUAACAGCUCCAUCAUUACUGAAGAAUACCAUUUUGAACAGAAACUGUAAGUGUAUUUGGGGUACUACAUCAACAUACACUAAUCAAAAAGUUUGGAAUUGAAAUCAGAUGUUCAAGCUCUGCUGAUCCCCAACAUUAAAGCUAUCAUUUGGAAAUAAUUCUGAUGUCUAAAUUUCUCCUUGUUUAAUGUGCAUACUGCAGACAAUCGUAUGUGCAGACAUGCAAAGCAGAGGCGUUUAUAGCUGUAGAGCUGGGAUGCAGCCCUCGUGCUGUCUCUAGCGAAGGACAGACAAGCGGGUGAGUUAUCCUUUCGACAGGAUUUGGCCACUGAUGGCCGCGGUUUCUGGCGCUUUCAUUCAAUCUGGUUCCAUUCAGUCUCUUUCCAUGAAGUUCCAGUUUCCUGUCCCUGGCAGGGAGGGUCAGUUCACAAGCCCGCGCUGAACUCAUUCCGUUGUCAUUCUCUCCUUUGGGGUGGUUUGUGCCAUUUUCCAGUUUUGAAAAAUAAACAUUAUUUUUGGAGCGCUUUGUUGCACUGCAGUGAAUUGGAUGGAGGGAGGAGCUGAAAACGGCUGCAAGGUCAUACGGGCAGAGGCCCUCUCUUGCUGUAGGGAGCACUUUAUUGAGUUAAGAAAGGGAAUGAUUCCCUGUAUUUUCACGGAAUCCUUUUAUGUGAUGCUUUGAACAGGUUUGACAGAAGAUCAGGGUUUGAUGGGGUCUUAUAGAGAAUAAGGACCUAGAAAUUUUGUUGAAAUAAGCAGAAGUGUCGAAGAAAAAGACUUAGUUAACAUUUCUUCCAAGAUAAAAAAAAAAAAAUGUAAUGAGUUCAACUCUCAUUCAGUAUCAGAGAAUUUGCAUGGAAAGAAGACUUUGAGAUAAAAAUUCUAACAAUUAUUUUUCCUGCUUCUGCUGCAACUAGUGCUGGUUCUGCUGCUUCUUGAUCCUUUCCUUAAAACCAAAAAAAAAGCACACAAAGAGCAUUUUAGGAGGUCUCAGCAGAGCUUUCUGAUGCUUUAAAGCUAUGAUUCCAACUCAGAAAAGCUGAGACUCAGUUGUUUCCUCUCUUCAGUCUGUUGAGUGGAGUCAAGCAGAUGUGCCAGCCUGCUGACUAUCUUGAGGAAGGUGCCAUCCUCUGUUUAAACCAAGCAAAGAAGCUAGUGUCUGUUAUUGGACAUCAGAAUCUAGAUCUCAUCUAGUAGAGCAAGCUUCUUGUUUCCGUAACACUUCCAUUGGGCUUUAUGCUGGCGCUACACACUACAGCAACUUCCACCCACUGGAUAGGGGCAUGUGAGAUCUUGAAGUUGGGUCUGUGCUUUGUGGAGCCUUCCUUCCUCUCUGCCUUUUCAAUGGGGCAGUAGGGCUGUGGUGGAUGUCCUUAAUUGUUUGAUCUCUCUUCUUAUUCUGUUAGCCUAAUAUGCAGUGCUUUAGCUCAAGAGUUGUGACAUACAAGCAGGUCAUUUGUAUCCAUACAUGUGGAAGCUGGCAAAAGUCAGUCUAUUUUUGAGUUCUUAGUCAAGGCUCACCUGCCUGAAAAUACUGAAGAUACAAGUACGCUUUCUCUCAGGUUGUUCUGAUACUACAGUUAACUGUAGAGCUUUAAUAGGGAGGAAACAACUUAAUAAUUCUGAAUCUUCUUUUUCCUUCCAUCGCUAUGAUUUAAGAGCUCUUUGUUAAUGGUUAUUUCCAGCAUCCCCAGAACAGCUUCAGGCCUCGGGGCCGCCAGCCCGAGAAGGGUGUCACUGGAAAGGUGACUUGUGACUUUGUGCUGUCCUCCGACCACAGGUCUUUCAGACACAAGAAUGUCCUCUGGGAGAGGGCAAGACUGGAGCAGAUGAUGCUUGGUGGUUGUUGUUUCCCUGCUGCACAGCAAGCAGCUCUGGGUUAGCUGACAGAGGACUGAAAAAGGCUCCAAGAAGCAGAGGCUGUUUGCUGCUGGCUCAGCUCCCGUCACCACCGUGGUUCUCUUUUCUGACUCUUCUUUCCACUCCUUCAUCAAAGCUGAGAAGAAAGUUUGAAAGCAUUCUUUCUUUGCUGUUUAGCUUGGUCUACAGUCUAAACUGGGGUCCAGAGUUGAACAAGGCUAUCUUUUCAGUUUGGAAAUUCCUUUCUUGCUCCUAAAAAAAAAAAAAUGGAGUUUUGAGUAACCAGGAGAAGGAAGUCACCAGUAUCCCUUUCUUUCUUGUCUGCUAUUUGGGAAAAAAAAAAUGUGGUUUUUUUUUUAGCCUUGUUCGUUUAUACUGCUGAUGUCAGUAUCAGUCAUCAUUUAAAAUGGCAGAAUUUAUCUCACCUGCCUCCAUGCUGCCCUUUGAAAUAUAUUUCUCUGGUGUUCUUUUAUUUGUUUAUUGGACUUUAAAACUCUCUGUUUAUGUAUGCAUGCUCACAACUGUUUUCAUUUUAGUAUUCUAUCGUUGCUGCUGCUAUUCUGUAUGUUGUCUCUAAUCAGUUAUAGCUUUAUUGAGCCUAUGGGUGUGGAGGAUACCUCUCAAAAGAGAUGUCAGCUCUUUCAGCCAAAAAACCUCAUCAAACUCAAGGUCCUGGAGACAUGACAAGCUGUCUGGCUAGGCUAAGGAUAUUGGACCUCAGGACAGGUUUGCCAAGUAAAAUCUUUUAAAAUGCCUCUAUUUCACUUAAAAUGAGGUCAGCAGCUAAAAAAUAAAAUCCACUGAUAGGAGAUCUUUCUGUCUUCACUGUCACUGUUGCGAUUCUAGGUGUGUCUAUACUCAGUAGGAUGCCCACUAGAUACAUGACGGAUUUCUGACAGCAGACCAGGAAGGUCCCUGAAUAUCAGGUUUGACAAGGAGUAUUUUGCAUACAAGUAGUUAAGAAUGGGACAUUUUAUUCUAUUUAAAGUUCCUCAACAGGUAUUUUUUUUUAAUUCAGUUUAUGCAUGUGGGAUGAAGAGAUUACUUUAUACAAAGGAACAAUGACUGCAAGUAAUUUCUUGGGAUUCCAGCUGAAAAUUUCUGUGGCAUUAAAUAAAAUGGUCAAAAUAAAUAAUUUUACCUUCUAAUGAUAUGAAAACAGCAUGCUGUUAUCACUGUAUUAAUUCUUUCCAAAACUAAGUUGUAUUAAAAAAUAUUUUUUCAAACUUUUAUUUCAAAGCAAAUGCCAUUUGGUAUAUAAAAUUGUUAUUUAAAACUUGUUCUUCAUGGAUUAAUUCUAAUAAAUUUUGGACUAAUAAAA